AUGCCGUCAUCGUGCAAAGAUAUAAGACAGGAGCUUAUCGACUGCCUACUUAAGUCAAAGUGUGUUCUUGAACAGCGUAACACAGUCAAAGAGUGUCUAAAGGCAGAGCAUGCCAACGACGUACCGCUCGAGUGUCAUAGUAUCCGUAAGAGUCUAUUCGAAUGUCGUAGAGGAUUGUUGGAUCCUCGAUUGCGAUUCAGAGCGAACAAAAAUAAAGAAGAAAUGGCUGUCAGUAUAGCAAACUAUCAAUCAGACAAAAAUAUAUCUACUAUAGAAUACGAUAACGAGAACAUCUCGCUGGUCAACUUUCUUCCUCAACAAAGCAUUCAACACCGACCCAUCUAUGACGCAGUCGUUCAGCAAGCAGGUGUGAACAUGCAGCAGAACAGACGUCCUAAGAUACCUCCAGUACCAGUGCCAGCAUUGGUACACCAAAAGAAGGACACGCCUCCAACGACAAUACAACAACCUGUGCAGGCGCAGAUGGAUACAAAAGUUACAAAUGAGAUAGAACUUGUACAGACUAAACAAGACUUGUUUGACGAGGUGGAAGAGAAUGAUUCUCAGUGCGUUCCAGAAUCCUCGUCUGUUGAGAGCGACCCGAAACAAAAGACACAGCGUUUCCGUCAAUCAGCAGUCAUGGGAUCUAGCACUGAUUUACGAAAACAAAUAUAUAAAGACAAAGACCAAUCGUUUACCCAUAAGCUGCGUCGAGUCUUUAGUCUGACAAAUCUCAAGAAAGAUGAGAAUUCGCAUUCUGAUAAUUUCUCAACACCACUAUCUAAUGAUUCGUCGUCUUCAUCACCACAAUCGAAUUUGAAAUUCUCUUCUCUUCGCAGUAAGAAGGCUCGUCCGCAGACUGAAAUUUUCCACAAGAAACCCUCAUUUUCCUCUGUUGUCGUUACGGCCCCCGCGGCUCCCAUAACCCCCCUCGCUUUCAAUCCUACACAAGUACCAAACACUACUUCACCAUUUGCUCAGGCAUAUGAAAAUCCCGUCGCCCGAAAUAUCAAAACUGAUUCGUCGCGUCGAAAAUCGUUUAUCGAUUUUCCAUCGAUUUUCACCAAAGAUAAAAAAAGCAAGGAUGGACAAAUUCCACCAAGAUCAUCAUCGAUGCCAUCAGGAGUUGAAUAUAAUUACCAAAAAUCAAUCCAAUCCCAGUCCCCAAUUAGUUCCACACCGUUGCAAGUUCAACAGCAGCAACAGCGACUGCAACAACAGCAGUUACAACAACGGUUGCAACAACAGCAGCUACUGCUUGCACAGCAACAGAUGCAACAGCAACGGAUGCAGCAGAUGCAGCAGCAACAGCAGCAAUAUAAUGCGUAUCGCACAGCCUCACCUACAGUCCAAUCAUCUGGGACAGAGUUUGGAUCUACGGCUUCCUCUUCAGAUUCGGUUUCGGAUGAAGAUGAACUUAGCGAUGUGCCACUAAGGCCGUUCUCGAAUCUGCCGUUCCAGCAACAACAGCAGCCGACAUCCAAUGCCUUUGGAAGACGGUUAUCUUCUUUCCUUCCAUCUAUGGCAAGAAACGAUAGCUUCUCCAAUAAUAACAAAAUGCCGUACUCGAACCGGUUCUCUCAGGCUUCAAGAUCCGUCCCUUCAUUUGGUGCUGUACGGGAUACAGAAGUCAAUCGAUCUUCUGGGACCCCGACUCUGAAAAAGUUGCAGUUUUCAUCAACCAUUUUCGUACAUGAGACUUGGACUCGGGAGGAUUAUGAUAGAAGAGGAGAUCAAACAACCUGUAACAAGUUGACUCCAGAGUUGGCGCAGAAGAUUAAGCGAGAACUGAAUGAAUACAAGAUGGCCGAAAUGGAAGUGCACGAGGAUAGUAGGCAGAAUACUCAUUUCUUUGCGUAA